CGACCAUAGAAAUCCAAAAUGCUCACGUAAACUGAAAUAAAUUUAUUAUUAUUAUUGUUUUGUAUUAUGUAAUUAUUUGAUUCGAAUCUACGUCUUAAUCUACAUUAGAUCUGUAAGUGAGUGUGGUUUAGAAGGUAAUAUUAAAGAUGGCGGAUCAAGUGCAGCAGAGGCUUGAGGAGAGAAUUCCUGGGUUCGAACAGUUACAGAGAGUCGGUCUGUUUACUAAUAAAGAAAUAAAAUCUGUGCUGAAGAGAUGUACAGCUCUGGAAUAUAAACUACACAGAAGUGUGCUGAGCAAAGAGGAUUUUAUUUCCUACAUACAGUAUGAAAUAAACUUACUGGAGCUCAUAAAGAAGAGAAGGGCUCGAGUGGGAUACCAGUUUAAGCGGGAGGAUAUUGAGUUCCCCAUCAUCCAGCGAAUCAACAGUGUGUUCAGAAGAGCUCUCUCAAAGUGGCAGGAUGAUGUCCAGCUGUGGCUCUCACAGGUUGCCUUCUGUAAGAAAUGGGGGACGAAGGGUCAACUUAGCAAGAUCUUCUCCUCCAUGCUUGCCAUCCAUCCUGACAAACCCAGUUUAUGGAUCAUGGCUGCGAAAUGUGAGAUGGAAGACCGGGAUUCGUCAGAGAGCGCUCGCCAUUUAUUCCUCAGAGCUUUACGCUUUCAUCCAGAAAACAAAAAGGUUUACCAGGAGUAUUUCCGGAUGGAGCUGAUGCACGCUGAGAGACUGAGGAAACAGCAGCAGGAACUGGAACAGGCUAAAAUCGAUCUUGAGGAGUAUGAGUUCUCUGAGGAGAUCCUGAGUGGAAAGCUGGCUGAGAUCAUCUACAGAGAUGCCACCCAGAAAAUCAAAGGAGCAGAGUUCAUGCUUUCAUUACUGGAGAUUGCUUCCAUUUUUGAUUUCACCAAGGAUCUGCAGCACAACAUUCUGCAGGAUCUGCAGAGUCAGCACACAGAUGAUUCAGUUACGUGGGACUUCAUGGCUCGGCGUGAGCUGGAGGUGGCUGGAGCUCCUGAGCUUCAGUCAGCACAGAGUCGAGCCUCCGACAUCAGCUGCAGAGAGGAACGCUGUAGUGCUGUGUACGAGGAAGGACUCAAGAACCUCAACACAGAACCGAUGUGGACGUCGUAUGUGAGGUUCUGUUUGGACCGAUCUAAGAGAAAGACUAAUGUUGCAGUGCUAAAAGAAAAGAGAAGACAGCGACUGCUCAGUGUGCUUCAGAGAGCUCACGAUGCCGAACUGCUGCAGGAGACCUUCUACAAGACCUGGCUGGAGGUCUUGAUCUCAUCUGAGGAAACUGAAACCGCUGUUCAAGUGGCCAUAGCAGCCACCAAAAGAUUCAGCCAAUCAUUGGAGACGUGGCUGUUGAGCCUGCAGACACUGGUUCAUUUAGACACUGCAGAGACGGGAAGUCUGUUCCAGGAAGCCCUGAAACAUGUCAAUCCUAAGGAGAGUUUGCCAGUGUGGAAGCUGCAGGUGGUGUGGAGCAUGGCAUCUCAGAGCCCGGACAUGACAGAAGCUCUGUUUCAGAAAGCGCUGUUAUCGUCAGUCCCUGCAGUUUCCACAGCGCUGAAGGAGACUUACCUAGAGUGGGCUUACAAAACCGGGGGCUACAAAAAAGCCAGGAAGAUUUUCACCAGCCUGCACGAGCACAGACCCUUUUCCAAGAACUUCUUCACCAAAAUGGUCCAGAUCGAGAAAGAACAGGAGAAACCGAAGAUGAGUAACCUGAGAGAUUACUACGAGCGAGCGCUGCGAGAGUUCGGCUCUACAGACGACGAUCUGUGGAUGGAUUACAUCAGAGAAGAAAUGAGUGCUCUUGGAAACCCAGAGAAUUGUGGAAAGCUGCACUGGAGGGCCGUGAAAAACCUGACUGGAGAGAGUGUGGAGCGCUUCACCACCCAGUACACACUCCUACAGACCGGCCACAUCUAAUCCCGGUCCAGCCAAAAAAACAUGCAGAUGUUUAGACACGUAUGCACCAACGCAUUUAUGUUGCUGGAUUACGGAAAGUCAGUGUCAGUGACAACAUUAAAAAUCUUUUCUUUGUACUUUUGUUCGUUAAAUAAAGGUUCAGAGAAUGAACAAA